AUGGAUUCACAAGAAUAUAUUCCACAAUAUAAAUUAAUCUUAGUCGGUGAUGGUGGUGUUGGCAAAACAACCUUUGUGAAAAGACACUUGACUGGAGAAUUUGAAAAAAAAUAUAUACCUACUCUUGGUGUGGAAGUUCACCCCUUAAAAUUUCAAACAAACUUUGGAAAAACUCAAUUUAACGUAUGGGAUACUGCAGGACAAGAAAAGUUUGGUGGUUUAAGAGAUGGAUAUUAUAUAAAAAGUGAUUGUGCUAUAAUUAUGUUUGAUGUAUCUUCUCGUAUUACUUACAAGAACGUUCCAAAUUGGUAUAGAGAUAUUACAAGAGUGUGUGAAACAAUUCCUAUGGUUUUAGUUGGAAACAAAGUUGAUGUUAAAGACAGACAAGUAAAAUCAAGGCAAAUUCAAUUUCACAGAAAAAGGAAUUUACAAUACUACGAUCUAUCUGCAAGAUCAAAUUACAAUUUCGAAAAACCUUUCUUAUGGUUAGCUAGGAGAUUGUCCAACCAACCAAAUCUUGUUUUCGUAGGAGAACAUGCUAAAGCACCAGAGUUCCAAAUUGAUCUAAAUAUUGUAAGAGAAGCUGAAAAAGAAUUAGAGCAAGCAGCAGCUGUAGCUAUUGAUGAAGAAGAUAUUGAAAAUUAA